AUGACCAAAACGUCUUUGGAUACUGUCAAGACGAACAAAGCAAGUACGUUACCUCAAGUUCGGUUAGAAAAGGUGGCCAAAUGUUCUUCAUCUGCACACCCUAACGAGUUUAGACCACAAACUGCAAUAUGUGGGCAUCAGUGUGAGAACUUUAGUAGAUAUCAUACUGUAUCAUCAAAUACAUCAAGUCUUGAGCAAAACAGAAGCCAUUUUAAAGAAUAUGAUUUCUUUAAGCCUGAUACGAACGAAAAUAAACCAAAGGAAUCAGAAAGAAGUUUAGUUACAAAAUUUCGCGCACGAAUAGACUUUAAACAACCAGCGUUACUACCCAAGCCGACAAAAAGUGAGUUAAACAAGGAUCCUUUGAUUAAUUUUAUGGUGCCUCGAGGCUUUCGAGGAGGCACACAAUCAAGCCAAUAUGCAUAUAAUACUAACGAACACUUACUUACUCAAAAGUCAGAAAAUCUCUCAAGUGAAAACUUAAAAACCGGUAACCAUCAAAGUGGAUAUUCACUGCCCAAUAACCAAGUGUGUAACGAUAAGUCAAGCCAAAAGAAUACGGUUAAUAAAACGAGUGCAGGAAAACAUCUGAAUACGAAUUCUCUUAUGGAAGCCAGUGACCGUAAUACUAACCAUGCAACAAUGAAACUAACAAAUACAUCAAAACUUUAUUCAUCCUUAAUGGUGCGGAGAAAGGAUGGCAUUGGUGAUAAUACUGAAAUUCCUUCGGCGUUUAACAAACCUAAUAAGGUUUCAGAAAGUAUAGUUAGUAAAAGAGGCACUACGAGUAAUACAGCUCAAUCUGUUACAGAACCUGCUACUCAUAAUCCGGUUCGUCACUACUCCCACAACGUUAAUGAAAAAUCCAGUAACACAGCUCGACCGACAGGUAUCACUGAGUCAACAACUACUAACUCUGUAUCUUUGUCUUCUCCAUCGACUAUCCCUUCUUCUUUACAAUUGUCGUCCAAUAAUCAGCCUGAAUCUGACCCUCCUAAGUUAAAAAAUAAACUAUCCCCAGGUAAAAAUGGAACCUAUAGCAAAGUAACAAAUAAUGCACUUUCUCAUAAAAAGCUAGAAGAAAAAAAUCAAAACUCAAAUGAUAAGAAAGAAGGAGAAAUAUUUACGGCUAUUAAAACGAUACAACAUAAAAGUGUAGUCAAUACGGAAGAAAGUGAUCCUGCUUUGUAUAACAGUAAAUUUAAUUUUACUAAUACCACUGCUACUACACAAUUACCCCCCAAAGGUUCUGAGUUACCAGGAAAUAAAUCUCCCAAGAGAAUGAAUACCUUGCCCAUAGGUAUAAAUGAGUCAACUAGAAUGACAGUGACUGACAUAAACUCUGCUGAUGUAUCAAAACACAAACUAACUGGACCAUCGGAGAACACAGCAGUUAGUCAAUUUCAUACAGAGAAAACCUAUUCAAGUGAAAGUAAACCGCUUCAUAAGCCAAAUGAAAAAAAGGAUAAUUUACCUUACCAUAAGCGACAGGUGAACUAUUCUAUUUUGGACAGUGUUAUGGGUGAAAUGGAGCAAUUAUUCGCAGGAAAACAAACAAAUACACCGAGUAAAUUGUCAAGGAUACAUAGUUUUGCUAGGGAAAAGGCUAUGCAGUGUAGAGAAGAAAAUAGUGAUAACGAAGAUAAUCCCACAAAUGCAAGUAAACUUUUGAAGCCUCCAGAUGUAAACGACGUGAAUAAAACACUCACGCCUCAUGAUUUAGACAGCUGCAAAGAUAUGAAAACUAGUUCUUCCGUCCCACAGCACAAGAAUGGAAGACAGUCUGAGCGCUUUCAAGCAGCACUUCAAGCAGUCGAAAAAAAUUUUAGGCCAAUUCCUGUGACUGAAGAUGUUAAGAGUCCUAAACCAAGUAAAGUAGAUGGUGAUAUCAUUGGAAAUCAUAUCAAAAAUGUUUGUCCGUCAAUCGAAAAAUGUUCAGCUGAUUUAUGCAAUGUAAGUUGGCUUUUUAAUUUAAAAAUGACAUCAGAUUUAGUAACUUGA